AAACCAAAAGCUCCCCGAGAGCGAGGCGCGGAGAGAAUCGCCUUCUCUCGAAGCGUCUACAAAACCCUAGACGAGGAAUCCGAUCGAUCGUCGAUUCCCGAACUCCCGUCGCAGCAGAAUUCCUCCGCGAUCCAUCUCCUCCUUGAUUCUUCAUUCGGGAUAAGAAACAUGGUCGUCAUCGAGCCGGAACCGGACGCCACGGAGACCGGAGAAGCCACCGAUGCCUCCCACUCGAGAUCCGUGGACGCUUCUCAUGGGGGAAGUUGCAGCGAUGAGGAGUCCUUCGAGGACGCUCUAACCGAGGAGCAGUUGAGGGAGAAAGCUCUUAAGCACGCAAAUGAUGCAAAAGAGGAAGGGAACAAGCUUUUUAGGACUGGUCAAUACGAGGAUGCACUCCUGAAAUAUGAACUUGCUUUGCAAAUUGCUUCAGAGGUGACUUCAUCUGUAGAUGUAUGCUCUAUGUGUCAUGGGAACCGGGCUGCUUGUUUCUUGAAAUUGGAUAGGUACAAGGAGACAGUACAAGAAUGUACAAAAGCAUUGGAAUUGAAUCCAUCCUAUAUAAAAGCACUAUUUAGAAGAGCUGAGGCACAUGAAAAGCUUGAAAACUAUGACGAGGCUAUUGCUGACAUGAAAAAGGUUCUUGAGUUGGAUCCUGCAAAUGACCAAGCUAGAAAGAACAUAAGACGGUUAGAACCAAUUGCAGCAGAAAAAAGGGAGAAGAUGAAAGAAGAAAUGAUUGGUAAGUUGAAGGAGAUGGGGAAUUCUUUGUUGGGACGAUUUGGCAUGAACCUCGACAACUUCAAAGCUGUAAAAGAUCCAAACACGGGCUCAUAUUCCAUCUCUUUUCAGCAAUAGAUGAUGCAAUGGUACAUUUGGUAGACCAAAACAAAGUUGUGAACUACAUUUUGGUGCUCUCUGUCAACAUGGACAUAACCUAUUAUUCCAUCUCUGUUUAAUCAGUUCACUUGUUCAGGUUUGAUUUAUGCCUAUCUCAUUUGCAUUUCUAUAUACCGUCAAGAAAUAUUGGUCUGGAAAUUGUUAGUGCAGUGCAGAUGUAAGUCACGGAUGUGUUUCUUCUUUCUAUUUCUUUGCAAAGUAUGUAUCUUCGUCAAGGAACAUUACAUGGCAAACCAUUUGACGUGGUUUUCUUGGUGGACUGAUA